AUGACGGAAGCACAUCGAAAGACAUCAAGAGACAUGUCCCAAGCCGUACGACUCUUUGUGAACAGAGCGAACCGAGCUUUACAAAUAGGGGACGUGCAUGAUGCCAUUUUGUUGAUAAUACAUGUAGUUUUGGCGGCAAAAGGGGAUGUGGAUGACAACCAAGAUCUCAAUCGUCAAACCUACACAAUACACGAGAUGCAGCCCAAUGAAUGA